AUGGAGGCUUCAUCGGUCACUCAAUCGUUUCGUUCUACGGUCAUGCCGCCGACAGUUCCGGUACUUUCUCGCGUUCCAACUCAUGGAGAGCGCGCUCGCUCUGCCACCGAACAUCGAAAUGAUUCGCAGCCCCAGGUACAUCCUACUCAGCAGGAUGAGAAAACUUUGGCGGACCUGCAUCGGACGUUAACUGAGUUCUCCGAGGGGAACCAUCCCCAGUACGCUGAGCCACAUUCAACCCUUGACAAAUACUUAAGGGAACACGGUGUGAAAGUUGAAGCCGGCGAACCGCUUGGUCGACUCGGAGUGUGUUUCAAGAACUUGUCGACUUGGGGAAUGCGGAACGAGCAUGCGCAGGUGAAAACUUUAGCGCAUGCGGUAUGGCGGACAUGUACCUUUCAAGACGUCUACGAGUGGACUGUCAAACGGUGGAUUGCUCCUCCGCGGCUGCAAGAUGGGAGACCCCUCAUCAAUGAUUUUUCCGGGGUUGUUCGCAGUGGAGAGAUUAUGUUAAUCUCGGAGAUGUUGGAGAUAUAUGGUCGAGUUUUCGGCAUAUCUCACGCUAUGGACACACUUGUUGGAAAUGAAUAUAUCCGCGGUAUUUCCGGAGGUGAAAGGAAACGGCUGUCAAUAGUCGAGUCUUUGGCCACUGAUUCGGCCGUCGCUGCGUGGGACAAUUCUACUAGGGGUUUGGAUGCUGCCGCUGCAGUCGAUUAUGCUCGCAGCCUUCGAAUCAUGACGGAUACCUGUGGCAAAGCGACUAUCGUGACGCUCUACCAGGCAUCUGACGCUGUUUACAGCUUUGCCGAUCGGGUUAUGAUCAUCGAUGAAGGCCGUAUGUUAUACCAGGGGCCUGCGAACAAAGCCAAGUCAUAUUUCGAGAACUUGGGCUACAAGUGUCAUCCUAGACAAACGAUCACCGAUUUCCUGACUGGUAUAGCAUCUGACCGAACGAGAGCUUUUCGGGAUGGGUAUGAGACACGCGCUCCAAAGGGCGCAGUUGAGUUGGAAAGAGCGUUCAAGGAAAGCGAAUAUUUCAAGAUCAUCCAGCAGGAUAUCCAGAAUUACGAAGCGGAGCUUUCCCGAAUGCAUCAAACUUGCGAGUCCAGCAACGGUUUGGAGAGCUUCAGAACCAUUUCUCGGCAGAAGAAAUCCCGUUUCGUUUCUGCCAAGUCAGUUUACAACACUUCGCUGGUAAAACAAGUUACUCUUUGCACGAAGCGUCAGUGGUGGCUUCUUAAGGGAUAUCCUUCACAUCUGUACAUGAAACUCGCAAGCUCAAUUGUCCUGGGGCUUUUGAUAUCGUCCCUAUUUUACGACCUUCCAACGAAUCUGCAGGGUGCUUUUUCCCGAGGAGGUCUCGUCUUUUAUAGUAUUCUCACCUUGCCAUGGAUACAACUAGCUGAACUCGAGGAUUCUGUUCAUGGUCGUGAUAUCAUUAGCCGUCAGAAAAGAUUCGCCUUUGUGAGACCAAGCGCGGUUGCGUUUGCUCGUACCCUGUUCGACUUCGUUACUGUCUUCGCUGGAGCCUUUUUCAUAUUCUUCCUCAUUUCAUACCUACACACUAUUUGCCAUACUGCGCAAUUCCGGUUAUUUGCAUCUUUCUCAAGUUUCGAAGUUGCUCUGCGAUACUGUGGCGUGGCAUUCCUAAUGGCGAUUACUUACGGUGGCUACCUUCUUCCGCUAAACCAACUCACUUCUCGAGUGCCUUGGGUUGGAUGGAUCGCGGUAGGGAGACCAAAUUAUACCACACCCGCCCUCUAUGCAUUUGAGGCAUGUAUGGCCACCGAGUUUCAUAACCUGCAGCUUUCAUGCGAGCCAAGGUCGAUUAUCCCUUCAGGUCCUGAUUACACAGAUACAAGAUACCAAACUUGUGCGGGCGCAGGGAGUUUACCAGGACAUCUCAAAAUCGGUGGUGACGCAUACCUAGCCGAAAAAUAUGGUUUUUAUUAUCAUAACGUGUGGAGGGACUUUGGUAUUUUAAUUUUGUUUAUCGUAGCGUAUACCGCUAGUAACGCCUGGCUUUGCGAGACCAUUGAAUGGGAUGAUGGCUCUGCUGGUGCCGUUUCAUUCAACCGGAAGAGGAAAUCUCCAUUCAGUGCUGCAGCUAGUGAUGAGGAAAAUAGGGCAUUCGAUGUCGACCACAAAGCUUCUCCGGCGACGACAAACGUGGACAUUGCUGGCACCCCCUCCGAGCAAAUUGCAACGACGCAAUCAGCAUUCGCAUGGCGAAAUUUGACAUACACUAUCCGUCAAGGUGACUCGGACCGGGUUCUAUUAAAUGACGUUUCUGGAUAUUGCCAACCUGGGACGCUGACUGCAUUAGUCGGCUCAUCUGGUGCUGGUAAAUCAACAUUGCUAACCACACUUACUCAACGCCAGAACACUGGCACGGUAACUGGCGAUAUAAUGAUUAAUGGUCAAACUCCAGAUGUCAGCUUUCGUCGAAAAAUUGGGUAUUGCCAACAGAUGGACAUUCAUGAUAAAACAAGUACCAUCCGGGAAGCGUUCGAAUUUUCGGCAUUACUCCGUCAGGGAGCUGACAUAUCACGCAAGGAAAAACUUGCUUAUGUGGACAUUAUACUGCAUAUUCUGGAACUUACAGAGUUGCAAGAUGCGGUAAUAGGCUCUCUUCCGAUAGAGCAAAAAAGGAGGACGACGAUUGGUGUUGAGCUUUGCGCCAAACCAAGCCAUCUCCUGUUUUUAGAUGAACCUACCAGCGGUCUCGAUAGCGAAGGUGCCUUCAGCAUCGUUGUAUUGUUAAGGAAACUGGCGGAUGCAGGCCUUGCCAUUUUGUGUACUAUCCACCAAGCAAGUCAUCAACAAAUCGAAGUUUUCGAUCGAGUUCUAGCUCUCAACCCCGGAGGCAAUGUCUUUUACUUCGGUGAAGUCGGGCCAUCCGGGAAAACUAUUUGCGAUUAUUUUGGGCGUCAUGGUGUUUUCAUUGAAGAUGAAAAGAAUGUUGCUGAUCUGCUAAUUGAGGUUGGUGUCGGAAUAUGUAAAGUGAAAGGGAAACAAUUGGACUGGAAUGAGAUAUGGAAACACUCACCUGAGGCAUCCAAAGUGCAGGAAGAAGCCGAUAUCAUUUGCAGCCGCGAAAAUGGUGAGCAUGUUAUCGAUCAAAUAAGGGAUAAGGAUGAAUUUGCCUCCCCGACAUGGGAACAAAUUGUUGAACUCACUAAGCGCACGAGUCGGCAUUACUGGCGUUCACCCGAGUACCCAUAUUCGAGACUCUAUGCAUCAGCCAUCCACGCUUUGCUCAACGGCCUCACCUACCUCCAGAUCGGAAACAGCGAGACAGAUAUGCAAUCGCGAGCUUUUUCCUGUUUCUUGAUUCUUAUGCUUGUCCCUGAAUUUGUUAAUGGAACAUCAAUGAAAUUCACUGAGAAUCGGGACAUGUGGGAAGAACGCGAAUAUCCCAGCAGAAUAUAUGGAUGGAUCAGUUUCACAACCGCCCAAAUCCUAUCUGAGCUACCAUACGCACUUGCUGGGGGUGCCAUUUUUUAUCUCCUUUUCUAUUACGCUGUGGGACUCCCUCUCGGUGUUCCUGCCGGAUAUACAUUUCUUAUGGUCCUCUUUUUCCACCUUUUCUCAACAUCCUGGGGACAAUGGAUUGCUGCAAUGAGCUCUGACGCUGUCAUGGCUGCCAACCUCAUGCCGUUUUUCCUUAUCAUGUGCGAGUUGUUCAAUGGCGUGCUACAUCCUAAGGAGGAAAUGGGUUUGUAUUUGAGUAUCUCGGGUGGAUAG